AUGUCUGGAGUUUCCCCAACCAAAGAGGACCACGUCGAUGUCCUCAUCGUAGGUGCUGGACCUGCCGGUCUCAUGUUAUCGACCUGGCUGAGUCGCUGCGGCAUCAAGACUCGCAUUGUUGACAAGCGUGGUACCAAGAUCUUCAACGGACAAGCCGACGGUCUGCAGUGCCGAACUCUGGAGAUCUUCGACUCCUUCGAUUUCGCUAAUCGGGUCUGGCGCGAAUCAAACCACAUGAUCGAGAUCUGUCUUUGGAAUCCAGAUGAGAAUGGCAUUAUUCGACGAUCCAGUCGCAUUCCCGACACUAUUCCCGGAAUUAGUCGGUUCCAGCAGGUUGUCUUGCACCAAGGCCGUAUCGAGCGAUUCUUCUUAGAUGCAAUGAAGGAACACGGCGGCUUGACUGUCGAGCGCGGUGUUCUUCCCGUAUCCUUUAGUUUCGACGAGACCAAAGCAGGAGAUUUCGACGACUACCCCAUAAGUGUCGAGCUUCGUACGCUAUCCGACCAGGAAUCCACACCAUCGCAACGCCAACAACAUCACAAAUCUGCCAAUGGUCAAGAGUCAACUGUUGAAGACGGGCUUUUUCGAAGCAAUCUAGUCGCCGAUGAUACCGACGAUUUGAUCCGAUCAACUCAAAACACCACCAACCAAAAAGAGCUAGUCAAAGCCAAAUUCAUGGUCGGAUGUGACGGUGCCCAUUCCUGGGUCCGAAACCAAGUCGGCUACAAGCUGGAAGGUGACUCGACUGAUUACAUCUGGGGUGUGCUCGACAUAAUCCCCAUCACCGACUUCCCCGACAUCAGGCAUCGUUGCGCGAUUCACUCGGCUAGCGAGGGGAGCGUUAUGGUGAUCCCGCGAGAGAACAAGCUCGUUCGACUGUAUAUCCAGCUGCAAACGACGGACUAUAACAAGACUGGAAUCAAGGCGGAUAGGUCGUGGAUAACUCCCAGUAUUAUUCUACAGUCCGCCCAGCGUAUCCUGCACCCUUAUAAGCUGGAUUAUACAUACUGCGACUGGUGGACGGCAUACCAGAUUGGGCAACGUGUCGGUAACAAUUUCUCGUUGCAGGAACGUGUCUUUUUGGCUGGAGAUGCUGUUCAUACGCACUCGCCGAAGGCUGGACAGGGGAUGAAUGUUAGCAUGCAAGAUACAUAUAACCUUGGAUGGAAGCUCGCGCAUGUGAUCAAAGGGUAUAGCCAAGGAUCGAUUCUGAAGACUUAUGAAUCCGAGAGAAGACAGAUCGCGCAGGAUCUGAUUGCUUUUGAUCAUCGGUUUUCGAGACUUUUCUCGGGCCGUCCGGCUAAGAAUAUCAUGGAUGAGGAGGGAGUUAGCAUGGAAGUGUUCCAGAAGGCGUUUGAGAAAGGCAAUGAGUUUGCAAGUGGCAUAGCGGUGAAUUAUAGUGCUAGUCAAAUUGUUGCGAAGGAGGGCAAGAUAUCUAGCAAACCACAGCUAGCGACGGGGAUCGACAUUGGGAAACGCAUGCCAAGCUUCAAGGUGUUGAAUCACGCCGACGCGCGACCGUGGCAUCUCCAAGAACUUUUGAAAAGCAAUGGACGCUGGAGAAUCAUUGUGUUCCCAGGGCGACUAACCGAGCCAUGCAACAUGCAGCGCUUGCAAACGUUAGGCAAACAGCUCGAGGCACCAGAUUCGUUUGUCCAUCGCUAUACACCGCCAGAGCAAUCCAUCGACAGCGUGAUCGAAGUUUUGACUGUCCAUCAAGGGCCGCGAGCAGAUAUCGAGCUUCUGGAAAUUCCUAACGCGUUCCAUCCCUAUCAUAGCGAUAUUGGAUGGGAUUAUUGGAAAGUUUACGUGGAUGAGGAGUCUUAUCAUGAAGGGCAUGGGCAAGCGUAUGCCAAUUAUGGUAUUGACCCAAGCCGUGGCGCUAGUGUUAUUAUUCGUCCAGAUCAGUAUGUUAGUUGGGUUGGUGAGGUGGAUGAAUAUGAGGAGAUGUCGCGGUUCUUUUCUGGGUUUAUGAUACGGCAGGCUGUUGGGAAGGGCACGGUUGAUGGUGCGGAUGCAUCCCUUGCAACCCCACGACUGUGA